AUGUCUGCCUACAACAAUUCCAAAGCUGAUACUGACAGGGUAGCUAUGGAUGGUGAUGAGGAAUCAGGCAAGCACCUUUUAUUUGCUCCUGCCCCUGUCUGCAAUUCAGUAGUUGUCACAGUAGGCGACAAGAGCAUUCCAGUUUCCACUGCUCAAAGCCAAUUGGACAAGCCAAAGGAUGCCACCGAUGUUUGCAAGGAUACAUCAGUGUCUACUGCCCAAAGCAAAUCAAAUGUUGCAGUUGCUCUCCCCUUGCGUAGGUCGGAUGCCACCAAGAUGACACCUACCACAGUCAAUGAAGCUCUGAAUCAACACCACUCAGGAGAUGUCACAGCAGGCGACAAGGACACUUUGGUCUCCACUGCUCAUCAAUCAGACAAGCCAAAGGAAGCCACUUACAUUUGUAAUGAUACCUCAGCGUCUACUGCCCAGAGCAAAUCAAACAUUGCAGUUGUUCCUCACCCAUGUAGGUCGGCUGCUGCAAAGUCCUACACACACAACCACAGCGAUGGUGCAGAGAGUUCACCCUCUGACAGUGACUGGGCUGCUGACGAAGAAAAGUGCAAAAAAGCUGCGCAUCCUUCUGCCAUUGAUGGUGAUGACAAUGGUGACAAUCCCCCUCCGUCUCCACUCCAAUUGACCUGUGAAGGAAAAGGAAAAGGCAAAGCCAAGGCGUUUGAUGAGGGUGACAAUGACGAGCAGGACUAUAAUGAGGAACAGGAGGUCAAUGAGGAUAAGAGUGACGAAGGCCCCACCAAGAAGGGAAGGCUGCCAUUGGAAGCAGUCUCCAAGGUGCAGGAACUUGGGCGAACCACCAUCGAAGCAGCAAAAGCAUUAGGGAUAGAAUAUAGCAAAAGUGCGAGGGUGAUCCUCAUUGAGGCAGGGCUGGCCAUGAAGGCAAUGCGCAAGGAGUCUCCUUGGAAUCAGCACCAAACAUGGUUCAAGACUUUUAGCCCCCCCUCUCAAGAACAUAUGUAUAUUCCUUUGCGGGAGGAGCAAGCAGCACACUACAAGGCCCAUCCAUACAAAGACCCCAAACAUGCAGCAUUGUGGCAGAAGAUUCAGGAGUAUUGGGAUGGUUCACUUGCUGGUGCAACUGAGGACUUGAUGUCACGAUCUGCUAGUUCUCUGAUGCUGCGCAUUCAUGAUGAUUUUUCAAAAGCGGCUGGUUACUGGUACCACACCCAUGGUAUUCAUAUUUCUGGUGUUGCAAUAUUUCCUGGUCAUGAGGAUGCUGGCUGCCAAGCAUCAGGGUUUUUCUCUGGUCGUAUCUUGGAUGAGCUCACAACCAUACUCAAGUACAAAGACUUAGAGGCUGCGCAAGCAGAAGGGAUAUCUUUUAUUUUUCUCCCUUGCUCUACCGCUGUCCCAAAUGGCACGCUUUUGUGCAACGGCAAGUCUGCUAGGGACAGGAACAGAAAAGUCGCACCAAUGAUCAUCAGCAAGAAGUUUGCUGAAGCUGGCCAUCUGCUCAAAACCUCAAACAACAGGUGGUUGGACAUGCUCAAUACUCUUUAUGUUGAGCAGCUGUUCAUCCUUAACUGGCCUGCCAGUGUACCGCCCCCCAGCCCCAAUUUUGAUCUCAAAGCAUUGUCAGCAAGCCAGUUGUGUGCACUGGUAGUUCCUUACCUGAGGAUGCAUCUUGGGGCAAUGUAUAAGGUUGACUUAGGUCAAGAUGAUGAGGAUGAUGAUAGUGAGGCAGAAACUGCAAAGACAAAGAAGCAUAAGGGUAAAUCCAAGAAGUCGAACAACAACAGAAGGACGAAGGGUACAAUAGUAGAGGAGCUGGACAUUGUGUUGUCCAUUAGAGAGUGGUCUGAGUUUGAUGUUGAACAUUUAGAGUCUCAGUCUCCCUCAAUGUAUUCGAUCCCCUUGGUCAUUGACAUGAAUGGCGAGGUCCUCCGUGAGCUUCAGGACUCAGUCAAGUUUUUCAAGGACUUCCCCCUCCCAGAUCAAGCUAGUACCAAGCAGGUAACUGAAGAGCUCCCUUUGUCUGACCAAGAAGCUGUGCACUUGACUCCAGUAGCUUUGUGCCCAACUCAGGUGGCUUUGCACCCAACCAAAGUAGCUCUGCGCCCAACCCAGGUGGCUUCACGCCCAACCCAGGCAAUCUCACCAGGAAGCUUCAUGCUUGCCUCAGCCCACCACUGGGAAAUUUGUCAGGGUCUUCCACCCUCAUCUCCUCCACUAACACCAUCAACAAUUGUCUUGUCUUCAAGUCCUGGGUCUACCAUUCUAGUUUCCUUAUAUGCCCAUGAUUCUGUGCACCCCCCUACUUCUUGGUAUGAGCAUUCUCAGUAUGAGCGUCCUCAUUAUGAAGGUCAACAUCAACGUGGUGGCCUAUGUGACAACAGUCAUACUUUGCCCUAUGAUUCAGAUACUCACAAGCAGAUGUGGGACAACUAUGAAACUGCACGCGAGGCUGGUGACUUGGAGAACAAGACAAUAGUGGAAAGGUACCAUGCCAGGUUGCAAGGUAAUAAUUGCCAUAUCCUGUCUGGUCAUCCUCAGUCACACCCACCUCCACCAAUUGCCAGCACCUCCCGUUCUCAGUUGCCAGCGCGUUCCUCACAUGCACCUGUCUCUCACCAUUCUCAGUUGCCAGUGCAUUCCUCACAUGCACCUGUCUCUUGCCGUUCUGGUUCCUCUCUGUGCCGUCAUCAUCCAUGUGCCUGA